GAGAUCUGCUAGCCCGCUGCCGCACGUAUGCCGCAGUUGUUUGAGUCGCACCGUCGGAAGUUAAACGCUAGAAUACUGUGUCACGUUGUGGUGGAAAAAGUGCAGUGUGGAUUUAUUGAAACCCCAAUGAAACCCUGACGAUUUUCGGACAUUUGUAGGGCUUAAUGACAAUGUGUUGAUUGAAAGACAAACAAAUAACACCUGAAUAAUAUAUAUAAGUCCGUUUUGUGUAUUUAAUAAGGGGUGAAGUUGAAUUCGACUUGGUGAAAUCUAUGUAAGUGCAAGGAUACGAACUAUAUUUGACGGUAAAACAAAGGUCCAUCCGGAAACCAGCGAUAUGCUGAAAGAGCGCGAAUCCGUCGAGCGCGGCGGCAGCUCCCCAUGUUCAAGCGUGGGCGGCUCGUCGGGCAUUGAGCUGACGACGUGCGGCGGCUGUGGCGGUCGCAUUCACGAUCGCUACUAUCUGCUUGCCGUUGAUCGACAAUGGCACGCCAACUGCCUCAAGUGCUGCGAAUGCAACGUGCCGCUUGACUCGGAGUUGACGUGUUUCGCACGUGAUGGAAAUAUUUACUGCAAAGAAGAUUAUUAUAGGAUGUUUGCCGUCACACGAUGUGGCAGAUGUCAUGCCGGCAUAUCUGCGAAUGAAUUGGUGAUGCGCGCCAGGGAUCUAGUCUAUCAUCUACACUGUUUCUCCUGCAUGUCCUGCGGUAUUCCGCUUUCCAAGGGCGAUCACUUUGGCAUGCGCGAGGGACUUAUUUAUUGCAGGCCACAUUAUGAGCUGCUCGAUUUGUGCGACCCGACGAAUGAUCCAAUGGAUAUGGUAUAUCGAGGCAGCGAAUCACCCGGUUACUAUCCACCAUCAACGCCACCGCACCAACAUCAUCAAAAAGGUCGACCCAGAAAACGAAAGCUUGGACCUGGUAACGUUUCGCCACCUUGCGGCGGCGAACUGCCGAUGGCCAUGCGGAUGGCACAGGUUACUUUAGAAAUGUUACAACAAGGUGAUCUUUCAUCGGCUAGCAUGGAUUCUCUCUCAUACGAUUCGUCUGUAACAUCGCCCGCGUCUAGUACUGGCCACCAUAAUCAGCGCUCCAAACGAAUGCGCACUUCAUUCAAGCAUCAUCAACUUAGGACCAUGAAAACAUACUUUGCUAUCAAUCAGAAUCCAGAUGCAAAAGACCUCAAGCAGUUGGCCCAAAAGACGGGAUUGUCAAAACGUGUGCUGCAGGUGUGGUUUCAAAAUGCAAGAGCAAAGUGGAGGCGAAAUAUAAUGCGACAGGAGGGAUCACAAAGCGGUGGCGGCACCGGCAACAACAGCAACGGUCAACUUCCACCAGGAGGAACAAACCCACUUAUUGACAGUGGCGUUAUAUCUCACCAAACUUCUCUGGACGAAAUCCAUCAUCAUAUACAUUCUGGCAACUCGCAAACUCUUAAUUUCGGAGAGAUGUAUUAACACCUUGGUUGUAGGGUGUCGUAAAAACAAUGUUCCUUCCCAGAAAUAGUGAUACUCUAUAAGUUCAAAGCUUUUUCUCGUAAAAUGAGCGUGAGCUGCGUAAUUCUAAGUAGGGCAUAGACUUAAUCCACGCCUACCUGUCUCUCUAGCCAUUAAAAUAAGAACAAGAAAAGUGCAAUUGCAUAGAUCAUGCAAAAAUUCCAUAAUGAUUAUAUUACUUAUUGUACGUAUUUUGUAAAUUGUUUCUAGAUAAUAUUUAUUAUUUAUUUUAUGUUAAGCGUGCAGCUCCGUACGUAUUCAUAAUGAAUUGCUAAAUCUGAUUUCGUGAAUACUCACAUGCGCAAUGAAUAUGAUUACACUUAUAAAUAAAUACAUAAAUGUUAACGUAAUUUCAUUAUUUAUCUGUGCACGGUUGGAAUAACGACGCAUUUGUUAAUUCUACUUAAUCGAAAUAUUACAGAAUCGUAAAUAAUUAGUAGACGAAUAUACGUCGUGUUGCGUAUUAUUUGAAAUGUUGUGAUUACUUUGAAAUGUCUGUAUAUAAAUAAACCAGCACCAGAAUAAUGUGUA